AUGGAAAGUAAAAAUAUUGAAGAGAAGUUGUGUGCUCUUUGGUGGACGCAAUGCAAUAAUGGAGGAGGAAUAGGCGAAGGGAGAAGGAGAAGAAGAAGGAAGGAAAAUGAGGAGGAAGAGGAGCAGGAGGAGGAGGAGGAAGAGGAGGAGGGGGAGGAGGAGGAUGAAGCGGGGGAGGAGUAUUUGAGGAGAGGAAUCUAUGAGGAAUAUAAAAAUGAUGGAUACAAAGGCAUGUAUGUACAUCAUGCAAUAAGGCCAUCACUAAAACCAUACUUCACGUAA